AUGGCGGGCACCAAAGAGAUUCAUGGUGGGGUUACUUGCUAUUGGAAGCGACGUUGUUUGCUUUUCGUCUUGGUGCUUCUCCUCCAAGGGAAGGUUUCUAUUGCUUUCAGCGUGUCCUCGAGGGUAGUGACAGCCGUCCCGUCGUUUCGGAUUGCCACCUCCUUAUCAGGGAAAUCUGGCACCCGAAAGAAGAAAAAGAAAAACACACGAGUGGGCAAACAGACAGAGCCGAUAUUGAAGGAAGUAUCACAAGUGUCCACAGCCUCGAGACGCGCUCCGGGGACGCUGGCUGGUUUGAAGGAAUUGCAUGAAUACGAGCAAUUCUUUUACGACAAAGUUACUUGUCGGCAGUUGUACCAACUGGUCGAUCGAUAUGAAAAGCCCUUGUUGGUUUGCAAUCCUUCUCUGGCGGUCCAAGCUGAAAAGAACAAUCGACCGUACAUGCUGUUGGAUAGAGACGAACGUUUCAGCUUUCUAUCUGGAUACCAACGCUUUGAUCUCACAGCGCCAUUCUUGGUUACCCGGUACGAUUAUGAUGCCGUCUUUAUCGAUCCUCCAUUUGCCAAUGUGACACCGAAACAACUAGCUACUUGCUUGAAACGAAUGGCACCCACUCAAUCCCAUGCGGCUGUCCCUGUUUACAUUGGAUACAAUGCCAAGAGAGAGACGGAACUUGUUCGGGCUUUUGAAGAAACUCUGCCCUGUCCCCGACUAACGCGUCUGUGGAAUUUGCGCUAUCAACAAGGGGUCAGCGAAGAAACACAAGAUAUUAUAUGGCUUUUUGGGCCUGCCCAAAUGAAAUAG